AUGUUGGAAAGCCAGUAUGUCCGUUUGGGGUACCUGACUCCAUGGAACCGUCAGAGCCUGGAUCGCCUCAUGGGUGGUGUGCUACAGAGCUCUCCUGUAGAUACUGGGAUGCACAAGGACAGAAGCAAUGAAACCACAGAAGAGAUGGACUUCCUCCGAGGUCCACAGACAAUGACAAUAAACCGAGUGGUGGAAGCCACUCACAGCUUCGUGAAGGUCGGCCUGCUUACAGCUCUGCUCCUGGUUUCAGGUUCAACUGAGCUACAACCAGACCGGACAGAAGAGCUAGUGGCCGUCGGUGGAGACAUCAUGGUGAGCUGUCACUAUGACAGGAGCAUGUUUGUGUUUAACAACAAGUACUGGUGCCAGGGAGAGUCACGACGUAACUGUGUGAUCCUGAUCAGCACAAAAGGUCAAACGCAAGUGAAGCAAGGAAGGUUCUCUGCCUGGGAUAACAGACAAGGUCUCUUCUUGGUGAGGAUGGAGCAGAUCGUCCUAUCAGAUGCAGGAGUGUAUUGGUGUGCCAUUGAAAAGAUGUAUGGCGACAUCAUGUCUGCAGUUCGAGUAAAGGUGCAAGAGCCCGUGGCAGAGCCCACUCUUAUGUUCCUUGACUCCCCCAACAUCUCCUGCCUGGGGCUGCCUGUUAGGAUCAGCUGCAGUUCUGCUCGAGGCUCCAAGGUCGAGUAUCGGUGGCACAAGCACGACACUCACAUGGACAGCGCCCUUGAGGGCCCCCCCACUUUCACUCUGCAGUGCCCCCACAUGCAGGACUCCCAGGCAUUUGUCUGCUCAUCCUUCAACAGUGUCAGCAGAAGAACCAGCAAGCCGGUCACAGUGCAGCUGUUGCCACCGACACAGGGGGUCUGUACCUUCCAUGUGACUCUCCCCGGAGGGGAUCACUACCAAUGUCCCAUUCCAGAAGUUAAAACGACUCAGCUUGUGAAGACAGUAGAGUCCAUGAGGAGCCAGGCCGAGGUGACACUGGGCACUGGAGAUGCCGAGGAUGCCAUGAAUGUCUCUGUCAGGUGUGCCUUUUAA